AUGUCAAAAAAUAAACUAUCUUCACUAUCUCAAUAUGGAUCUACCGUCUCCUUAAAUAAUAAAUAUAAAAACAAUUUAUCAUUUUCUUCCUUAUCAUCAUCAUCAAAAGGAAGAUCUUUAACCACAAGUUCAAAUUCAAGAUUUAAUUCAAAUAGUAUUGGAUCUAAUGGAAUUGGGAAAAUUUUAUUCAUUUUUUCAAAUUUAAUUAAAUUAGUUCAUUCAAUUCCAAUAUAUGCAAGAGAUGAUAAUACAAGUAAUGUUGAAAAACAUAAAGAAUUAACACCAGAAGAAUUUUAUAUGAAUUUAUUGAUUUCAAUGUUUUUAGUAUUAGCUGGUGGAGUAUUUGCUGGUUUAACUUUAGGUCUUAUGGGUCAAGAUGAAGUUUAUUUAAAAGUUAUUGCAACAAGUGGUGAUAAAAAUGAAAGAAAACAUGCUAAAAAUGUUUUAAGAUUAAUUGGUAGAGGUAAACAUUGGGUUUUAGUUACUCUUUUGUUAUCAAAUGUUAUAACUAAUGAAUCUUUACCUAUUGUAUUAGAUCGUUGUCUUGGUGGUGGUUGGCCAGCAGUUGUUACAUCAACUGUUUCAAUAGUUAUAUUUGGUGAAAUUAUUCCUCAAUCUAUUUGUGUUAGAUAUGGUUUACAAGUUGGAUCAUUAUUUGCACCAUUUGUUUUAGUAUUAAUGUAUGUAAUGUAUCCAGUUGCUUAUCCAUGUGCUUUAUUAUUAGAUCAUAUAUUAGGUGAAGAUCAUGGUACAGUUUAUAAAAAAUCAGGAUUAAAAACUUUAGUUACAUUACAUAAAACUAUGGGAGUUGAAAGAUUAAAUCAAGAUGAAGUUACUAUUAUAAGUGCAGUAUUAGAUUUAAAAGAAAAAUCAGUUAGUUCAAUUAUGACACCAAUGGAUAGAGUUUAUACAAUGAGUGCAGAUACUUUAUUAGAUGAAAAAACAGUUGAAGAAAUUUUUAAUGCAGGAUUUUCAAGAAUUCCUAUACAUUUACCAAAUGAACCAAAUAAUUUUAUUGGAAUGUUAUUAGUUAGAGUUUUAAUUAGUUAUGAUCCUGAAGAUUCUUUACCAGUUGCUUCUUUCCCAUUAGCUACAUUACCUGAAACAGGAGUUGAUACUUCAUGUUUAAAUAUUUUAAAUUAUUUUCAAGAAGGUAAAUCUCAUAUGAUUAUUGUUAGUGAUUCUCCUGGAGAACCAACUGGUGCUAUAGGUGUUUUAACAUUAGAAGAUGUUAUUGAAGAAUUAAUAGGUGAAGAAAUUGUUGAUGAAUCUGAUGUCUAUAUUGAUAUCAAUAAAAAUAUAAAAAGAAAACAACCUGGACCUUUAUCAAAAAGAAAUUUAACUGCUUAUUUACAUAAUUUAUAUCAACGAGGUGGAAAUAAUUCAAAAAGAAAUUCAUUAGAUUCUCAACAACAACAAUUACCAUCUGAUUUAAGAGAAAGAUUAACAAGACAAGGUUCUCAAGCUACUGUAAUAUCAUCUACUCCAAACACCCGUAGAGAUAAUAAUAAAAACGAUCAUUCUGAAAUUUCAACUAGUGCAGAUAACAAAGGUACUUCAACCAAUGCUGCAUCAAAAUGGAAAAUCAAAAAUCCUGCUCUGAAUCCUUUAGAAACUAGUAAAAAAUUUGUUACAAUUAAAAGACCAGAUCAAGGAGCUAUUGAAUCAGUUGCAAAAGCUGCAUCUCCUGCACCACCAACAUCUCAAGAUACAAAUAAUAAUAAUAGUGAAGAUGGUAAUAAGGAUCAUGAUAAUAUAAAUUUAGUUGGACAAAUCCAUUCAACAGAAGAAGGUGCAAUAAAUGAAGCUAAAAAGAGAUCAUUUGAUAUAUCAGAACAAAUAAAUAAUUCAAAUUCAAAUUCAAAUGGUAAUCAAAAAACAAUCAAUAAUAAUAAUGAUGAAGAUCACCAACAUUAUGAAGAUGGUCAUUAUGAAGUUAAAAUUCCAUCAACAUCAUCAACUGCAAUUCCAAAUUCAAAUUCAAAAUCAUCAAUCAUUCGAGAUAAUGAAGGAUUUAUGAUACCAGAACAACAAGAAUCAAGAUCUUACAGAACUGGUGGGAUUAUAGAAAGUGUUAUAAAUGUUGAUGGAGUUCAUAAAACUAUUAUUGAAAAUGUAAGUGAUCAUGAAGAUGAUCAAGAUUUAUUAAUUGAUGGAUCAAUUUCAACAAAAACUAAUAAUAAAAAAUUUAAAAAAAAGAGAAAAAGAUCAUCAAGUUCAAGAUCUGAAUCUUUUAGUUUAAAUAGUAAUAUUAAUAUUGGUGGUAUUAUUAAUGAUAAUGAAGAAGAUGAAGAACAUAAAUCAUUAUUGAGUGGAAAUGGAAAUGGUAAUAAUGGUAAUAAUAAAGGAUCAAGUAGUAGAAAUUCAUCAGUAAAUUCAAAUAGUAGUUCUAGUAGUAGUAAGAAAAGGUAUUAA